CUCUGACUCAUUUUUUCAUCCCCUCCCCCUUCUGUUUCUCCUGUCAUCUCGCUCUCAUUCUGGUUUCCACCCACCUUCGCUCUGUUUUGCCUCUCUCUUCCGCAGCUCGACACUUCCAGGCUUGCCUAACGCAAGGCUACGCGCACUGACGGCAGGAUGUCCAUUGUGAGCAUCGUUGCCAGGGAAAUCCUGGACUCUCGGGGAAACCCUACAGUGGAGGUGGACUUGAGAACUGAUAAAGGUCUGUUCAGGGCUGCGGUGCCAAGCGGAGCUUCGACAGGCAUUUAUGAGGCUCUGGAACUCAGAGAUGGAGACAAGAGCCGUUACAAGGGCAAAGGUGUACUGAAGGCUGUUGGUCACAUUAAUGACACUCUUGGACCAGCCCUCAUCGCAUCUGAGAUCAGUGUGGUGGAACAGGAGAAACUGGACAACAUGAUGAUCGAAAUGGACGGCACAGAGAACAAAUCUCAGUUUGGAGCUAAUGCCAUCCUGGGAGUGUCUCUGGCCAUCUGCAAGGCCGGUGCGGCAGAAAAAGGUGUCCCUCUGUAUCGUCAUAUUGCUGAUCUGGCAGGAAACACAGAACUAGUGCUGCCAGUUCCUGCCUUUAAUGUCAUCAACGGAGGCUCUCAUGCUGGAAACAAGCUCGCCAUGCAGGAGUUCAUGGUGCUUCCUGUGGGGGCGGAGUCAUUCCGUGACGCCCUGCGUGUCGGAGCCGAGCUCUACCAGACGCUCAAGGGUGUCAUCAAGGAGAAGUAUGGCCAAGACGCCACCAAUGUCGGCGAUGAGGGAGGAUUCGCUCCAAACAUCCUGGAGAACAGUGAAGCACUUGAGUUGAUAAAGACGGCCAUAGACAAGGCCGGCUUCACAGAUAAAGUCGUGAUCGGGAUGGAUGUAGCCGCCUCUGAGUUCUACCGUGACGGCAAGUACGACCUCGACUUCAAGUCUCCUCCAAACCCAGACAGACACAUCACCAGCGAUGAGCUGUUAGAGAUCUACCAGACGUUUGUCAACGAUUAUCCAGUGGUGUCCAUUGAGGACCCGUUUGAUCAGGACGACUGGGCCGCUUGGACUAACAUGACGGGCUCCAUGGGGAUCCAGAUCGUGGGCGACGACCUGACCGUGACAAACCCAAAGAGGAUAGAGAAGGCUGCGGAAGACCGCGCAUGCAACUGUCUGCUCCUGAAGGUCAACCAGAUCGGCACCGUCACAGAGGCCAUCCAGGCAUGUAAGCUCGCUCAGGCCAACGGCUGGGGCGUGAUGGUCAGCCAUCGCUCAGGAGAGACAGAAGACACUUUCAUCGCUGAUCUAGUGGUGGGACUCUGCACUGGACAGAUAAAGACAGGAGCUCCAUGUAGAUCUGAGCGUCUCGCAAAAUACAACCAACUUAUGAGGAUUGAAGAAGAACUGGGCGAUCAGGCUCGAUUCGCCGGGCACAAUUUCAGAAACCCUAGCGCUCUGUGAUACUGACACCACCACACCGAAAUCACACAAAAAACAACUGACCAACAGAGUAUGUACUGCACUGAACCGACUGACUGCCCUUGACGUCCCCUCAAAUCAUUCAAAAUGCAUUAAAACAGCACUAUUUGCACUGAUAUACAAAAAAUUACUUGCUCAGACUCUCAAAGUAUAUAUUUAAACUGAACUGGACUGUGGACAGUCUUUGAUAGACCAAAUAUUAUGCACAGUGGAUCCUGGAGCGAGCAACAUUAUGCACUAGUGAUACUGAAUUACUUGAUGGGCAAAACAUGUGCACAGGGUGGACAUGCAUGCGUAUGAUACAGAAAAUGGACCUUGAAUUUAACAAAGCAAAGACUUUUAAAAAGAAGGAUUUAACUCAGAUGGAAUAAAAGUAGAGAUUUAUUUUAAUCAGGUGUAAUCUUUAAAAUGAAGCUUCAGUUUAGAUGUGAAAUGUAUGUACAUAAAAAAACACCGUCUAGGUUGACUUGCCGCGCUAAAGAAAUCAAAUGUAAUUUUUAUGGUUCAUUGCAUGAGAACUAGGCAAAAAUCUAUAGAUUUUGGAAUAAGGAGAGUAGAAAAAUCAAAUAGUUACCUGACUAUUUAUGCAGCAGUGGGAUUUUCGAAGUCGUUUGCCCAGGGCAUUAGAUGCUUUUUAUCAAACAAUACUCUCUUUCUCAGUUGCUGUUUUUUGUGUCCAUCUCUGACCCAAA